AUGAUCAUGAAUAAGGCCAGUGUUCUCGCACGGUACGGAAUGAUACGUAUGGAACAAUAUGCGAUCCGAAAAAGUGCAGGUUUCCCAACCAUUAAUCAGUCAAUCCAUGCCUUUCACUCGUUGGCGAGGGCGCAACAGCAGAAACAAGUUCUGCUGGACCUUUCAUAUGACAUAAUCAAGAGAAAUGCGCUAAAAGAUGGUCAUAACGAGACGCCAAAGCCGCCCAUUAUUAUACUGCACGGCCUAUUCGGUAACAAACUUAACAACCGAAGCAUUGGCCGAAACCUCAACAAGCAAUUGGGAAGGGAUGUGUACCUGCUAGAUCUAAGAAACCAUGGGUCCUCAUCGCACAGCCCGGUACAUAAUUAUAGCGCGAUGUCGGAAGAUGUGAGGCAUUUCAUUGCAAAGCACAGGUUGAACGCCCAUGGAGGGCCUAUUAUAGUAGGUCACUCGAUGGGUGGUAAAGUCGCGAUGAUGCUGGUCCUGAAGAACCCGAAAUUGUGUUCUAUGAUGGUCUGUAUAGAAAACGCUCCCGUGAGUUUACGCCCUAACGCCGAGUUUGUGGACUAUAUCAGAGCGCUGAUGGAAAUCGUUAAUGACAACGGCAAGACUAUCCAGACACUAAAGCAGGCAGACGAAUACCUUGCGGGGAGAAUUGGCGGCAAUGAGCUAGUGAGACGAUUUCUGCUAACGACUCUGAAAAGAGUCACGAUAGACGGUUCGUCGCCUUCGUCAUCGUAUACGUUCCAAGAACGUAUUCCCCUAUCGACGCUAAAAGACGCUAUCGUUAAAGGGGAGAUCGCAGCGUGGCCUUUAGAUCCCGCCCAUGAACGAUGGACGGGGCCUGCGCUGUUCAUAAGGGCCACGCAGUCGCAUUACGUGGUCGACGAGUAUCUUCCACUCAUCGGCGCGUUUUUCCCACGGUUUGAAACACGUGACAUCGAUGCGGGUCACUGGGUUAAUGCGGAGAAGCCUGGAAGAUGUGCCGAAACCAUCGCCGAUUUCGUGGAGCGGCACGAGGAUUGA